AACUGUCCACGGGAGCACAGAGCACUGAGCUGCUGCUACACAUCUGUUUGUGGAGAUAUAUAUCGUGGAGAGGACACAAUGAUGGGGGUCGGCAUGCAAACUCUGAUAACAUAUCUACUGUUGUGUGGUGCAACUCAGUUGAUACCUGCAUCUUCUGUCACCGGUCCGACUCCAUCCACAUCUGGAAUACAGGACAUUAGCACCAGCGUCCCGAGCAACAGUGCCAGCCCUGGCAACAUCCAAACCACUAUCAGCCUAAGCACCAGCAACAAACAAGCAACCACCAGACCCAGCACCACCCAAAUCGCCACCACAAACCCCGGUACCACCAACCUCCAAACCACCACCAACCCCCAAACCACCACCAGACCCAACACCACCCAAGUCGCCACCACCAACCCCGGUACCACCAACCUCCAAACCACCAGCAACCCCCAAACCACCACCAGACCCAGCACCAUCCAAGUCACCACCACCAACAUCCAGACCACCAGCAUCCCCCAAACCGACACCAGCCCCAGCACUGGCUCUGGCACCACUGAAACCACCAGCUACAUCACCAGCAACGCCACCGUCCAACCCACUAACGAUACCACCAGCAACUCCACCAGCCCCAGCACCUCCAACACCAUCCAAACCCCCAACACUGCCACUAGCCCCAGCACAAGCACUAUCCAUGCCACCAGCACUGCCACUAGCCCCAGCACAAGCACUAUCCAUGCCACCAGCACUGCCACUAGCCCCAGCACAAGCACUAUCCAUGCCACCAGCACUGCCACUAGCCCCAGCACAAGCACUGUCCAUGCCACCAGCACUGCCACUAGCCCCAGCACAAGCACCAUCCAAACCACCAGUCCCAACACUGGCUCUAGCACCACCCAAACCAUCAUCACAACCAGGAUCACUACUAGUGCCACCAGCACCACCACGCUGGCACAAGAAGGACAUGGCUCCAAGGCACUGAGCUCAGGAAGUAUUGCAGCCAUUCUUUUUGUGUUCAUCGUCACUGUCACCCUAGUGUUAGUUGGGCUGUACUUCUACAAGAUCCGACGUACAUCCUACGGCCCUCUCCUGGACAACAGUGACCACGGCCAUUUGGGAAACUUCAGCAACCCCAUGUAUGACCCUUGAAUUUUAACUUUUGUCCAACUUCGGAAGUGACUCCUUCAACCGAAAAUUCUAAGUCUGCAGAAGAAGACAUUCUGAUCAGAGUGUGUUGUUAGUGUGUGGGCAGUAAGUUCAGGACAGUCACAGUUUAUAACUGUGGCAUGCAGCCUGAUUGCCUCAAUGCAAAACAGAAAACAGAAUAUAUCUUUGUUCAGGUAGCCUUGUUUCUUUUAUUGCUAGGUACAGUCAUGGAAACACAUAGGACUGCAGCUUUCAUUCAGGAAGCUUUUCACACAGCACAUAGACAAAAAGGAGCGGAUUUUGUUAAAUCUACCAGGACUUUAGAACAAAAACGUUAUUACUAGCACUGUAGUCAAUAUGACUUUAAAGCAGUAUUUAGGAUGGGAAUUGUUAAGAAAAAUCUGACAGUGUCAGAGAGAAGCAAUGGAAACUGAUUAUUAUGAAAUACAAAACUCCACCAAAAUAUGUGAUAUACACUGAUAUAAAAGGCCUGAAAUGAUGCAUGAAGUGCAUAUAAUGUACAGCAGAUGUACAUCAUGACCCAAAGUGUUUAAUUAUCUCCAUGGAUGGUUCCUAGAGGCACCUACUGAGAAACCUCUUUCUUACUUGAACUGUGAAAUGAUGUCGCACAAGUAGAUAAAUGUUCAAAGAAUGUUUUUAGAUAUCAACCUGAAUGUAACCAGUUAGAUAAAGUUUAAAGCUCAUGGAAAUUCUGAGAAAGCACUGAAAAGGAUGGUGACAACACAUCUAAACUGCCUGAGCUUAUCAAGGAUGGAAACAAGAAUAGAAUCUCAUUUUUAAGGUAAACUAAAAAAAGAAAAAAAUGUUAGCUUCCUGUCACUUUCUGUGGGAUUCUGAAAAGAAUUUGGACAAUUUUGAGUGAAAAAGAAAGAGCCAAACCUUACUUUUACAUGAAUUUAAUUCCUCCUAUAAGCUAGGGAGUAGAGACAUUUUUACACAAAGGGGCAACGUUAGCAUUAGAUGCUAUGACAACUCAGAAAUUAGACUCAUUUGAGAAAAAUAUUAAAGGUUUCAUUCAGUAACUUUUGUAGUGUGUAAAAAAUGUGUUUUCCAUCCAAGGAGCUGCAUCACAUGUAGUGAUUUAAAAUGAAUAUGAAUUGUUUAUAUAUAUACUAACUGAAUGGUGCAGAGGCAGAGAGAGAGAGACCAGCCUUUAAAAGGAUACCACGGAGCCUGACCUUUGACCCCUGUGGGGGGUAACCAAACAACACAGCAAUAAUCUCAGAAUGGAGAUUAGGGCCCUGUACUACCAAGCAGCAAGGGUGGUGGGUUUUCUCCCUGCACGUUUGUUUUUUUAACAUCAAAGCAAAACUUUUAUUUAUGGGAAUACACAAAUGUAAUUAUGGUCACAUGUAUGUGGUAGUGAUGUAAAAAUAGACUACGCACUAGAUAAAGCUUCCUUCUUUUUCAUUUAAUUUAAAAAAAUUCUUUUUAAAUUUAAAAGAUUUUCCCCCAAAUUUCCCAUGUUCUUCUUUUCAGCCCCUUCGUCCAGAUGUGCAUGCCUUUGUUAACAUUGUUGCACUGAUAUAAUAAGCCUAUUCUUCGUAUUUACUAAUAUUAGUUUGCUCUCAGUUUUAUAGUAGACGUAUUUGUGUCUCUGAUUGGUCAUAUGAUACAAACUCUGCCUCUUUCAUGUGAAAGACUACAUUCAUGACUACAUUUGGAAACCCUGGGUUGACCAACCAAGUUGAUAACCCCUCCGUGUGACCGAUUCCCUUAGAUUGCAGUUCUGCAAAGCCAGAUAACAAAAAGAUACCUGAAGUAUGUUGAACUCGCUUCAUAGUACAGUGUCCUGAGGUUCUUACAUCAAGUUAAAAAUCCAAUUUACAGAAAAUGUGGCCUAAAUAAAUGUGGGGCAGGGAGUUGUGUCUCUCUCAUACCCUACCAGACCUGAACAACUACUAUUUAUGAGCCUUUUUUUAUUAUUGAAUGUGAUUCAUGUGACGUGUGAGUGUGAUUUUGCUUUGAUUAGCAGCCAGGCUGCAUUUAUGAGUGUGAUUUUCUCUUCUUAAGUAUUUGAAGUAGUACUGUUUGCAUCCAGGUGAAAACUAAUGUGACAGAUUUUUAUUGUGUGAUAUGAUUGUACUAAAUUGUUUGUGCAAUAAAAGUGAUAAAGGUUUCAUGUGAAUUCCUCUGAUGUUCAUUUCACAACCCAGUCAUCAGAAUAAAAGUCCACUGCUUUGACAGAGGAUGAAUCAUACUGAUUUGGGGUUAAUAUGCGGUGGACAUUUGUGGCUUUGAGUGAAAUCUGUUGUGGAUGGAUUGUUAAGAUUUAUUUGGUAGACAGUCAUGUUAACAGCUGGACUUUUUGUUUACUUGUGUAAUCUCCUGACUUUCUGUUCAACAUACAUUUUUUAUGUUUCACUUGUGACCAAAUACCUUUAAAACUUGACAUUUC